UAGAAAUUGAAAUUGAAAAUGGAAAAUUGAAAAAUUGACCAUGCAGAAGAAGAAGAGCAAAAGAGUCGAAGAACACAAGUCUCACUAAAACCCCCCUUUUCACUCUCUAAACCAAACAAAAACCUCAAACUAAUUUCUUGUAGAAAAAAAAGGGUUAAUUUUCUUCAUCUGGGCUUACUUGUAAGGGAAAUGCUCUGAAUUUUCAGCAGCAUUUCUGCUGGGUUUCUCUCACAUUUCGUCGUUGCGAACGGAGGUGUAAAAGGAAAUGGAUGAAUCUUCAUUACUCGCAACUUUUGAGGCGAAAAUAGAAGGGAUAAAAUUUGGUUUGGCAACUCGUCAAGAAAUUUGUAAAGCAUCAAUCAGCGACUGCCCUAUCAGUCACGCUAGCCAACUGUCGAAUCCUUUUCUUGGCCUGCCUCUCGAAACUGGCAAAUGCGAGUCCUGUGGUACCGGUGAGCCCGGGCAAUGUGAAGGGCAUUUCGGAUACAUUGAAUUACCAACUCCAAUAUACCAUCCUGACCAUGUUGACGAGCUGAAAAGAAUGUUGACUUUGUUGUGCUUGAAGUGCUUGAAGUUUAAAAAUAGGAAGGUGAAGAAUGUUGGUGUUAUUGAAAGAGUACUAUCGACAUGCUGUGAGGAGACAUCACAAAUGUCAAUCAACCAAGCCAAGACUACUGAUGGAGCUUACUUUUUGGAGUUAAAAGUGCCAACAAGAUUAAGACAUGAAGAUGGAUUAUGGCAUUUCUUGGAAAAAUAUGGAUUUCGCUAUGGAGAUGGGUAUUCUCGCCCGUUACUACCUUCUGAGGUGAUGGCAAUAUUAAGAAAACUUCCCCAGGACACCAGGAAAAAGCUUUCUGCGAAAGGUUACUUUCCACAAGAUGGAUACAUCCUCCAGCACUUACCAGUUCCUCCUAACUGUUUAUCCGUUCCUGAUGUUUCUGAUGGAAUCAGUACAAUGUCUACGGAUUAUUCUAUAUCGUUGCUUAAAAAAGUGUUGAGACAAGUCGAAAUCAUAAAAAAUUCAAGGUCUGGGAUGCCAAAUUUCGAAUCUCAAGAGAUCGAAGCCAAUGAAUUACAAGCAGCUGUGGCACUGUAUCUUCAAUUUAGGGGCACUGGAAAGGCAUCACGUGACGUAGAUUCUCGCUUUGGAGUCAACAAAGAAAUAAAUGUAUCAUCUACUAAAGCCUGGCUUGAGAAGAUGAAGACUCUGUUUAUUAGAAAGGGUUCGGGGUUUUCCUCUCGCAGUGUGAUCACUGGUGAUCCUUUUAAAGGAGUGUCUGAGAUUGGUUUGCCGUUUGAAAUAGCACAAAAGAUUACUUUCGAGGAGCGGGUAAACCAGCACAACAUACUUUUUUUACAAAAGCUGGUGGAUGAGAAGUUGUGCUUGACAUACAGGGAUGGUCUGUCCCAAUAUUCACUGAGGGAAGGGUCGAAAGGACAUACAUCUCUGAGGCCUGGUCAGGUUGUCCAUAGGAGGAUAAUGGAUGGGGAUACUGUGUUCAUCAAUCGGCCACCAACUACACACAAACAUUCCCUACAGGCCUUAUCCGUGUAUGUACAUGACGAUCAUACAGUUAAAAUCAACCCCCUUAUCUGUGGUCCACUUAGUGCUGAUUUUGAUGGAGAUUGCAUCCAUCUCUUCUACCCGCAGUCUCUUGAAGCGAAAGCAGAGGUACUCGAGCUGUUUUCAGUGGAGAAACAGCUGCUUAGUUCCCACACUGGGGCUUUCAACUUGCAGCUGGCCAAUGACUCGCUGCUGUCGCUUAAAGUUCUUUUUAGAAAGUAUUUCUUGAGCAGAGCAGCAGCACAACAGUUAGCUAUGUUUGCGCCCAAUGUGCUAUCCAGACCUUCAGUAUCGAAGUCUGCCAGUGGCCCUCUUUGGACUGCACCACAGAUUUUGGAGUUGACAUUACCGCCUUCCUUUGAUAGUUCUGGCGAGAGACACGUGAUAUCCAAAAGUGAGGUUCUAAGUGUAGAUUUCAGUUGGGAUGGGAUGACGCCCAUUGUCAAUGACAUAGUCACCUCCCUUUUCUUCUUGAAGGGCCCGGAAGAGGUUAUAAGGUUCUUCAACUCGAUACAGCCUUUAUUGAUGGAAAAUCUGUACACGGAGGGCUUCAGUGUCAGUUUAAGAGAAUUUUUCCUACCCUUGGAUGUUUUGGAGAGCAUCCAAGAAAACCUUCAGAAGAUUUCUCCACUGCUGUUUCAUCUGCGUGCCUCAUAUAGUGAGUCGAUCGCUUUGCAGAUAGACAACUACCUUCGCAAUGUGAAGAUUCCAGUUACAAACUUCGUGAAGUCCUCCGCAGUUGGCCGCCUCAUAGAUUCUAAAAGUGAAUCUGCUCUCAGCAAGGUGGUUCAGCAGAUCGGUUUCUUGGGGAUUCAGUUGUCAGACAAGGGGAAGUUCUACACCGAGACUUUGGUCCAGGACAUGUCAUCACUGUUCCAAAAGAAGUAUCCUUCUUGUGAUGGCUAUCCGGCUGAAGAAUUCAGCUUGGUCAGUAGACCUCUCUUCCGUGGAUUGAACCCAUAUCAGGAGAUGGUUCAUUCAAUUGCGAGCAGAGAAGUCAUUGUUCGCUCGACCCGAGGAUUAACUGAGCCCGGGACACUAUUCAAGAAUUUGAUGGCCAUCCUUCGCGAUGUGGUGAUAUGUCAUGACGGGACCGUGAGAAACAUGUGCAGCAAUUCGAUUAUUCAGUUCGAGUAUGGAGUGAACACUGCCAAUAUUGCGAGCGAGUUUUGUGCUGGUGAUCCUGUCGGAGUCUUGGCGGCAACUGCCAUGUCGAAUCCUGCUUACAAGGCUGUGCUGGAUUCUUCUUCAAGCAGUAACUCGUCCUGGGAGAUGAUGAAGGAAAUACUGUUGUGUGGAGUCAGCUUCAAGAAUGAUAUAACUGACCGCCGGGUGAUUCUGUACCUCAGUCAUUGUGACUGCGGCAGAAAGCAUUGCCAGGAAAGUGCUGCACUGGUGGUAAAGAACCAGUUGAAGAAAGUCAGCCUCAAGGAUACGGCAAUGGAGUUCCUGAUAGAAUAUAGAUCUCAAAGUGUGCACGAGAGUCAUGAGACCAGUCAUGGUCUUGUUGGCCAUAUUCAUCUGAACAAGACACAGCUUGUACAAUCAAAUAUUAGCAUGGAUGAUGUACUUGAAAAAUGUCGCGAAACAAUCAUUCUGCAACACAAAAAGAAAAAAGUUGGAAACCUGUUCAAGAAAGUUGAACUAUCUGUCAGUGACUGUUGUUCUUUCUGCCAAUCUUCCAAAAGCAAAUUGACUGAUGUUCCAUGCAUCCAGUUCUUUUGGCAAGGGGCACCUGAUAAUCUUUUAGAGAGAGCUUCCUAUUUUCUUGCUGAUACAGUUUGCCCGGUGUUGUUACAGACAAUCAUAAAAGGUGAUCCUAGGAUUUCAACUGCAAAUGUGGUAUGGCUAAGUCCAGACACGCCAACCUGGAUCAGGAGCCCAUCUAAGAGCCCAAUCGGUGAAUUGGCUUUAGAUAUUGUCCUUGAGAAAGAAGCUGUCAGGAAGAGUGGAGAUGCUUGGAGGGUUGUGAUGGAUUCUUGCCUUCCAGUGAUGCAUUUGAUUGACACCCAGCGUUCAAUCCCAUAUGGCAUAAAACAAGUACAAGAAUUACUUGGUAUUUCUUGUGCGUUCGAGCAGGCUGUUCAGCGUUUGUCUACAUCAGUGACAAUGGUAACAAAAGGUGUGCUCAAAGAUCAUCUCCUUUUGCUGGGUAAUAGCAUGACAUGUGCUGGCACUCUGAUUGGUUUUAAUUCUGGUGGCAUUAAGGCUUUGUCUAGAUUACUUGGUGUUCAAGUACCGUUCAUGAAUGCAACAUUGUUUACCCCUAGAAAAUGCUUUGAAAAAGCUGCUGAAAAGUGCUACGUUGAUAAUUUGUCAAGCAUAGUGGCUUCUUGUGCUUGGGGCAAACAUGUAUCAGUGGGUACUGGAUCUCCCUUUGAGAUUCUCUGGGACACAAGAAAGGCUGAGUUGAGUCCAGAUAAAGAAAUUGAUGUCUACGACUUCCUUCAUAUGGUGAAUAGCUCCAAGCUGGAGGACGCGGGUACUAGUUGCCUGGGUGCGGAUAUCGAGGAUCUGGGCCAGGAAGAUUAUAUGGACUUGGACCUGUCUCCAGUGCGCGAACCUGGUUCAGAAAAGCCCACGUUUGAAUGUGAAGUUGAAUUUGGGCUCAAUGGAGAUGGAUUUUCGAAGGAGGGUGGCAAGGAAUCUGAAGAUAGCUGGUCUUCUUGGGGCAAAAAGGUUGACACUGAGGAUGAUUGGACAAAGAAGGCCGAGCUAACCACUUGGGGUAAGAAAGUCGAUCGUGAGGCAGAUGACUGGAUUUUAAAGGGUCAAAAAAGUAAAACUGAUGAAGAAAAUAGCUCAAGUUGGGGGAAAAAGGUGGAGUCCGAUGCAGGAGGUUGGGGAAGAAAACCAGAGCAGAGUACUGGGGGUAGUACUGGUCAAACCAGAUCGAUAGAUAAUGAUUGGACAAAAGCUGGUCAACAAAGCACUUUUGAUGAAGAUGCUCAAACUGGCUCAGCUUGGGGGAAGAAGAAGGAAUCUGAUGCAGGAGGUUGGGGCAAGAAUGUGGAAUCGGAUGCAGGAGGUUGGGGCAAGAAGGUGGAAUCAGAUGCAGGAGGUUGGGGCAAGAAGGUGGAAUCUGAUGCAGGAGGUUGGGGCAAGCAGGUGGACUCUGAUGCAGGAGGUUGGGGAAAAAAACCAGAGCAGAGUCCUAGGGGUAAUACGGCAAGAUCGGUGGAUAAUGUAAAUAGCCCAGCUUGGGGCAAAAAGGUCACUUCUGAGGGAAAUGAAUGGACAAAAGCUGGAGAGAAAAGCACUUCUCCUGAAGCAGCUCAAAAUAGUUCAGCCUGGGGCAAGAAGGCAGGUUCCGAUGGCGGAGAUUGGGCCAAAAAAGAUGAGCAGAGCACGUGGGGAAAUGUCAAGAAGGCAGGUUUCGAUAGCGGAGAUUGGGCCAAAAAAGAUGAGCAGAGCACGUGGGGAAAUGUCAAGAAGGCAGGUUCCGAUGGCGGAGAUUGGGCCAAAAAAGAUGAGCCGAGCACGUGGGGAAAUGCCAAGAAGGCAGGUUCCGAUGGCGGAGAUUGGGCCAAAAAAGAUGAGCAGAGCACGUGGGGAAAUGUCAAGAAGGCAGGUUCCGAUGGCGGAGAUUGGGCCAAAAAAGAUGAGCAGAGCACGUGGGGAAAUGUCAAGAAGGCAGGUUCCGAUGGCGGAGAUUGGGCCAAAAAAGAUGAGCAGAGCACGUGGGGAAAUGUCAAGAAGGCAGGUUCCGAUGGCGGAGAUUGGGCCAAAAAAGACGAGCAGAGCACGUGGGGAAAUGUUAAGGCAUCUCAGAUUCAGAACAAGUCGACUUGGGGCAGAGAUGCUGCUCCGACCGAAAAUGUUUCGUCUCCAAAAUCUCAAGAAGAUGGUUUGUGGUCAUCAGCUCAGAAAGGUGAGCAGAGCACGUGGGGACAUGUUAAGACAUCUCAAACUCAGAACAAAUCGACUUGGGGCGGAGAUACUGCUCCGAUCGAGAAUGUUCCGUCUCCAAAAUCUCAAGAAGAUGGCUUGUGGUCAUCAGCUUCGGCAGCUCAAAAAGAACAGGAUGGUUCGAAGGAUAACAACCCCUGGCAAACUAAAGUGGCUGAGCAAGCAAACUCAGAGCCUCUUAGUACUUGGGGCUCUUCGAGUGAUUGGGUGAAGCCCGAUUCUCAGACACCCACAGGUGAUAAUACAAAGAAUGAAUCUCCGUGGAGUUCGAGUCAGAAACUGUUGAAUGACUCCACAGAUUCUCAGGGUUGGGGUUCUUCAAAAGUGGAUACAGCCAACGAUAAUGAUGAGCAGCCUCAGUGGGGCCGAGGGCGUGGUAGAGGUAGGGGUAGGGGGUGGGGCCGGGGGGUUGGUCGUGGCAGAGAAGGUUCACAAGGUAGGGGCCCCACGAAUGAUAGAGACUGGAAAAACAAGAGAAGUGGCGGCCCUGUUGAUGAUCCAAACGCACCUGGAAUUUUCACUGCGUCGAGGCAGAGGUUGGAUUCAUUCACCGCCGAAGAACAAGAAGUUCUUUUGGAAACCGAAACUAUUAUGAAGAACAUCAGACGAGUAAUGCAUCAGACGGGGUACAAUGAUGGUGAUCCUCUAUCUGCGGACGAUCAGAAGUACAUUGUCGAUAACGUCUUGAAUCAUCAUCCUGAAAAAUCACUGAAGAUUGGAGCUGGACUGGAUCACAUAAUGGUCAACAAGCACAGUGAGUUCCAAAUGAGCCGAUGCUUGUAUGCUGUUACUAUCGACGGUAGCAAAGCAGAUUUCUCGUACAGGAAGUGUCUAGACAAUUUCAUAAGGGGAAAAUAUCCAGACGUAGCCGAAUCUUUUAUCGCAAAGUACUUCAAGAAGCCGCAACCUCGUACCGGAUGGAACAACAACAGUAAGGAUCGCCCCCCUCGAAGUGAAGCUGGAACUCCAAAUUGGAAUCGCGAUUCUACCCCUGCUCCUCCGGAAGAUUCCGGAACACCCGGCUGGAAUAAUACCGAUCGUACCCCUGGACAAGAUAACGUUAGUACUCCUGAUUGGAACAAGAGUAGUCAGUUUUCUGCUACAGACGAACCCGAAAAUCUAGCUGAUCCGUGAGGAGGUGAAAUUUAUUGUGGAGUUGGUCUUUCGUUUCUUUUUGCUAGCACUUGAAUGUACAGUUCUAUGAGCUACUAACGAGUUAUUGGGGAAAAAAAAAAUUCGGACGACGAGUAGAGAAUUCAGCUGAGUUUGUGUUAAUUUUUCUGCUGGAAGUUGUAGUUAUUUAAUCUCAUGCCUGAGCUAAUUAAUGAUUGUCUGUUGCUACAGUUUCACUGGGAUUAUUUCUAUGAAAUAAUUCAUUUUGUCAAUCUGCAGUAAAGAAGUAGUUGUGAACAUGAUGCUGCUGUUUAACAUUCUCUUCACAUAUUUUCAGAAUCUUCAGUUAAGAUAUAUUAAUUAAUAUUGCA